AUUUGUAACCGUAUCAGUGUAUCUCCAGACGCCGCGAGCGCUGCCACGAUGUGGCAAAUAAACUCGUUUACACGUAAUCUAUAAUUAAAAUAAACUUAUUUCUGUAUCAGUAGCUGUCAUCAUGAGUCUUCAUCAGACGAAGAGAAAGAUACAAUAUUGGGCGGGAUUAUGCGCGGCAUCAAACUUCAUGUUUACCGGCGCGGUGAUAUCGUGGCCUUCACCUGCUAUUCCUAAGUUCCAAAGCGGAGAGGCAGACGUGCAAAUUACCGAGGCGCAAAUAUCAUGGAUAUCCUCCCUGUUCGCCAUCGGCGCCAUCUUGGGGUGCUUCAUCGGGCACCCGCUGUUGGACCACGUGGGCCGCCGCAAGGCGCUCCUCUGCGGGACGCUGCCUGGAAUCAUAGGUGCGGGCAUAAUACUAUUCACGAAGUCAGCCGAGAUGUUGUAUUUUCCAAGAAUAUUGUGUGGAGUUUCUUUAGGAAUGACUGCCGUGGUAGUAAUGAUCUACAUCACAGAAAUAGCUGAUAAAGAGAUCAGAGGGGCGCUAGGCAUGUCUGUUCAAGUGACCAAUAACCUUGGCAGUCUACUUGUCUACUGUAUAGGUCCGUUCGUAACCUACAACAUGCUCAACGCGCUGGUUCUCGCCAUUCCUCUCGCAAAUUUGCUUAGUUGUCUAUGGAUACCUGAGUCGCCAUAUUACCAUGUGAAAGAUGGCAGAAUUGCGGCCGCUAGGAUAGAAUUUAUGAAGUUGAAAGGAACUAAUGAUGAAAAGUGGGUAGACGAGCAGUUAGGAAUCAUACGGGCACAUGUGCGGGAAAGCAUGGAGAAUAAAACUACCCUUUGGGAGCUAGUCUCAAACAUGAAGUAUAGAAGAGCUUUAUAUAUCGUAUCAGGCCUGAAGAUGUUACAAUAUAUGACCGGCGGGAUGGCCAUCCAAGCGUAUCUCGAAGUUAUCUUCAGACAAAGCAGUUCCAUAUCUGGACCACUCGUUAGUAUUGUCUAUGGCUUCGUACAGGUUAUCACAGGAGUGGGAGGUGCAUUGCUAGCCGGUUACUUCGGUCGACGAAUCCUCAUGUUCGUCUCAGAUUUAGGAGUAGCGCUCUCAAUGAGCGCCCUAGGCCUUUACUUCUAUCUUCAGGACACCGUCAAACUCAGCCCUGAGACACUCUCUACAAUCUCCUUCUUACCUUUAAUGGGGUUGUUCGGAUUCAAUAUAUUUUAUUCCGUAGGCAUAGGCAUGUUACCUUAUGUGAUGCAAGCAGAACUGUUUCCUAUAAACGUAAAGACAGCUGCAUCUAGUUCGGCCACUGUUAUGGCCUGUGUAAUGAGUUUUGUUAUUACCAAAUGUUACCACGGAAUCCGAGCCGGCUUGGGACACUCUGCCGUGUUCUGGGCCUUUGCUAUAGUAGGUUAUUUAGGCUUAUUUUUUAUAUACUUUUUCGUGCCUGAAACUAAGGAUAAAACGCUGGAAGAGGUACAGGAUAAUAUGCAGGAGAAGAACCAAGAAGCUACAGCACUUAAAGAUAUGGAGGAUAUUAGUUGAUAUACCUAAUUUUAGAGUAAAGUUAACUUAAAAUUUGUCGUAUAAUGGAGAGGCGGAGAGGCCUUCAUUACAAGAUUACUCGACAAACGCCUUAUUGUAUAAAUAUUGUAAGUUCGACUGUUCAAAUGAGCCAGAUUGUUAUCUCUAAGAUCACGAGACUUGUAAAUAAAAUUACAACAAACCUAAUCAGUGUUAAUCAGGAAACAAAUACCUAAGUAUAAUAUUGACUGAAAUAUUAUGUUAUUCCUUUACAAGGCAAUUAUGUGCUUAAACAUUAAUUAACGAUCUAGACCGCGGGCCAGUAGCAUAUUUAUAUCGUCAGUCGUCGCCUCCCGAUUGAUACUGUGUCAGAUGAUAGAAUGCUAUUAUUAAAAAAAAAAACCGUCAGCUGGUUGUAUAGCGUUUGAAAGACCGUCAGCUGGUCGCAUGAACAUGUAAGAAAACGCGACUUACCAUUUAUGUCCGAAAAGUAUGCGUAUUCUGCAAGGCGUUUAUAGAAACUCCUGAUGGAAUACUAUAUGGAAAGUGUCAUGAUUUUGUUAUCACUAUCAUAAAAAGGUAAAGCGCUUAUUUUUUACAUGAUUAUGCGACGAGUUGACUGUCUUCCCAUCGCGAUACAACUGGCUGGCGAUUUUUAAAAAAUCACAAUAGCAUCUAAACUAUCAUCUGACAUAGUAUCAAACGGAGGGCGAUAACUUUUUUUUUGUCAUGUUUCGAUGGUUGCCAUUCCUUAACCCGCCAACGUAGCGGCAGCUGACGUCCACGAGGGCUCAUCAUACAUUUUAUUUAAUACAUAGCCGUUAACCAUUAUACGAGUUAUCGCCCAGGAGGCGAUUGGUCAUGGGAAUUUGUUCCCGCCUCGCGGUCUAAUCGUAAAUAAUAAUUUACUCAAGUCGGUAUGAAUUAAUGUUGAUGUGGAAUUCUUGCCUUUAUUAGACGUAAGAAUUACCUGUGAUAAUGAUAAGAUAGGGCAUGUAUUCAUAACUACCUACAGUUUUUAUAAAAUAAUAGCCGUUUCCCUGAAUCUUCGUGCUGCAUUGCAUUUAUGAAUAAGUGAAAUGCCGGCCGAAUUUUGUAUUCCAAAUGGGCCGAAAAUUCGGUAAUUACUUAUUUGGCAUUCGGCAAGAUUUCGGUUGAAGUCCCGAAUAUUCGGCAUAUAUUUUUUUAUUAGUGAAGAGUCGGGACCCAAAUAAAAACAAACUAAAAGCAUGUCAUAUUUUUGUACCUAAUUUGUAAUAUUUAGUACCUCCUUUAAAAAAUGUACCUCCCGGUACACCCUGCCAUUGUGACGUUGGAAUGACUCCGUUUUAUUAGUUUUGUCUUAUUGCAACAUGUACUCUCUUCGAUAAGGUUAUCUUUUCCCAAUUAAAAUACAUGAUUGGACAUAUUGAAACCAUGGGAUGUUGUAUGUAGUGUUGAAAAUUUGUUUGUGAGCCCCUUGCCUGUUUGUGUAUAGGGUGCCUAUAUUUAGCUGUUAAUGUAAUUGAAAGCGUUUUCAAAUGGUUUUUAUAAUAAUACAGAAGAACCGAAUAAUUCGGCCGAAUAUUCGGAUCUGUACGAUCUGAACCGAACAUUAGGCCGACGAAUACUCGUAUUCGUAUUCAGCAAACUCUAUGUUCGGCCCAUCUCUUUUUUUGUAUCAAGUUUAAUUGCGCUCAUAAAAUACAAUACAUACAAGUACAUGCACUUUACUCAAUAAAAUACCAAAUGUGACCAUAAAAUUGUAUUCUGUUGAAUAAAAAUAUGAAAUACA